AUGGCACCAGCAUUGUCUAUAGUAUCCCGAGAGCCGCACAUCCACGACUCUAAUUUGUUUGGAGAAAUAGAGCGGCCACUGAGUCAACGAAGGCGGGCGCUUGCGUCCGUCGAUAACCUCGCACCACAUAUGGAUGAAGAUGAUAUGGGACCACAGAAUCAGCCUAGUCUCGCUAAAGACUCUCAAGAGAUGGAGCAGAUCUUGGUUGAUUUGGGAAACAGUGAUCUGGAGCAACAAGGAGAUUUGCUUCAAGCUAUAAAGACCCUAGAAACUGGUGGUGACACACUUUCUGGAGGAGAAGCUCUGUCUACUGAUGACCCAGAGGCAAUAUUUCCUCUAUCUGGAUUUGAGUUGGCAGAGCCCGCAGAUUCAGAAGGAGAUGCUAUGGAAGAAAAGAUUAAAGUCAUGCAGCUGCGUCUUGAGAGAAGGUGUUCUUUCUUACAAAGACGAUUAAGAAUAUUACAGGCUCGUGCUAUUGGGAAAAAAGUAUCUGAAGAAGCGUCUCAGUCUUUUGAGAAAUGUACACGAGGUGUCCGCAAGGACAGUGGUGGUGGUAGACCAGUGGGUUUGAAAACUUUUUUAAAAACUGUAGAAACAACAUCUGCAUUACAAGCUAGUGCAGCAUCGAGGACAGUUGUUGGCCCUAAGUACUAUAACCCUGGAACAUCUAAAGGUGAUGCAUCAAAAUCUGCAAGUAUUGGCAUACCAUCCGGUACACUGACAGGCUUGGAAGAUACUGCAGGAGCACUACGUUCACACCUAUCCGUGGUAAAACACGAGCUGGACUCUGAUGCCACCCUGUCAUCAUCAGGAGCUGAGAGUAAUGAUGAGGCUGUCACCUACAAUAACCCACAUCAACAGCAGAUGCCAAUUGAGAAACGCGCGCUAUGGUCGUGGCAACGCUCCCGGGCGUCAAUUGCCUCUCGCUGGUGCUGGCUGCAAGCCCAAGUUCAGGAGUUAGAGUAUAGGAUCAGGCAACAUAAUGAACUGCACAAACAGGUCCGUGAAGCAAAAGGACGAGUGGAGUUUGAAGGCGAACCAGCCGCCUAUGAAGGUUCCCUGCCGGGCUCUGAGCUACCUGAUGACCAUCCUUCGCAUGAGACCUGUGCUCGCGUGCGUCCGCUGCGACGAGAGACCUUCAAAAAGAGGAAAUUACUGCAAAUGCAUAAUUUACACAUCGCCACACAGAAGGCUGCUCGACCAUCAGAUAUCAAGUGCAGCUGUGAGCAAGGCUUGGAGAGUUGUGCAGUGUGCACAGGCCGCGCGGAGCCGACCCAGCCUGCCCCACCCUUCAGUACCGUGCCGCCUCGUCUUCGCAUUGCCGCUGUCGACCCUGGCUUCCAUCCUGUGCUUAGUGAUAUCAAAGACAUGUCCCCGUCGCUGCACUUGUCCGCGCUGGCGAGCCGCGCGUGGUUCCGUCCCCGCGCGGGGCGCGCGUGGCGCGGCGCCCAACACUCGUCCCACGCGCCGCACUCGUCCCACGCCACGCACGCGCCGCACGCGUCGCACGCGCCGCAGUCGCAAGCCGCGUCCAGCUCGGGCCGCGCGCACUCGUCCUCCAACACGCACACGUCAAAGUCUCUCAAACGACAUCCCCCACGAUCGAAAAGGGGUCGACCGCCACUAACGAAAAAAGUAAAGGAGAGAGAAAGAGAUGAAGAAACUACAUCAGGCCAUGAAAGAGCCCGUGGCCGGUCGAGUACAGAGUCUCGUUCGUGGCGGCGACAGUCGUACGACAUCGACAACAUCGUCAUACCACAGAGCGUGGCCGCCAACACGCGCCCGCAGAUACUCACCUACAAGGAGAUUAUCACACCCAAAUGGCGAGUGUUAGAGAUUCCGGAGGCGCCGUUAAAUAAUGGUGUUAUGAAGACGAAUCGUCAAAUGUCCAUCGAGAGUGAGGAGGAGGAUGUGUCGGAGGCGGCAGUAUCCCUCCGCCAUCGGCGCGCAGAGAGCCGCGAGCGAGCGCGCUAUGUACGCAAGCGCCGCGCGCGACGCGACCAGCACGACACUGCGGCCGACGCGCACGACACGACCGACACGCACGACACGGCCGACGCGCGCCACGCGGCCGCCGCGCGCCCCGCGCCGCCCGCGCCCGCCUCGCCGCCCGCCACGCCGCUGCAAGACCCGCCGCCGCCGCGACAACCCACGCCACCGCAACACGAGACAGUGAGACCGUACACGCCGCGUCAGUUCCCGCUGGCGGACGAGCAGUACCAGCGCAUGGUGGCGAGCAUGCCGAGCGGGUUCCACGCGAGUCGCUCGGCGACGCCGUCGCUGCCGUCGCCCGCGCCGCCCGACGCGCCCGACAGCGACUCGUCCAGCACGCUGUCCCCCGCCGAGCAAAGUGUCUUCGACGGCGACGACCCGGACGACGCCGAGUGGGACCCGCAUGCUGAACGGGCUGAGCGACGGAAGUCCUCGUUUAGAUGA